GGGAGGAAGAAGCCGGAGUGGGAGCGAUUAGGAGGGGAGAAUAAAUAAUAUUGAUAAUAAGAGUAUCUAUAGACAUCUCGGGGUGAAGCAAGCUCGCCUGCAGACGCCUCGUUUUUGGAGAAAGAGGAAUUGCAAUCUGCUUUGCUGUCGUCGUCGUCCCCCGCUCCGCAUUUUCUGGGCCGGCCACGAUGCCGUUUCUCGGGCAGGACUGGCGAUCCCCCGGGCAGAACUGGGUGAAGACGGCGGACGGGUGGACGAGGUUCCUGAAUGCGAACGAGAGCAGCUAUCUCCCCGAGCGGAACAGUUACUGCAGAAAAGAAGACUAUGAGAAGGAGAACAUUUUCAACAGCAUCAACUGUGACAUCGCUGCAAAGAAGAGAAAGAAAGACCAACUGAACAACAAGACAAAGAUUCAGUAUUUUCAUCAAGAAAAAUGGAUUUACGUACACAAGGGAAGCACAAAAGAACGUCACGGCUAUUGCACCCUUGGAGAAGCUUUCAACAGACUUGAUUUUUCAAACGCUAUUCUGGAUUCCAGGCGAUUCAACUAUGUCGUACGGCUGUUGGAACUGAUAGCAAAGUCCCAGCUAACGUCACUGAGUGGAAUCGCCCAGAAAAACUACAUGAACAUCUUGGAAAAAGUAGUUCAAAAAGUCCUGGAAGACCAGCAGAAUAUCAGAUUAAUAAGGGAACUUCUGCAGACUCUUUAUACAUCCCUUUGUACCCUGGUCCAAAGCGUUGGCAAGUCUGUUCUGGUUGGAAACAUCAAUAUGUGGGUGCACCGAAUGGAGACGAUUCUUCACUGGCAGCAGCAGCUGAACAACAUCCAAAUCACCAGGCCUCCUCAUAAAGGUCUGACUUUCACAGACUUGCCCUUAUGUUUACAACUGAACAUCAUGCAGCGGCUAACAGACGGGAGAGACAUUGUGAGCCUCGGGCAAGUGGCGCCGAGUCUUCAGGUGCUCGGUGAGGACCGGCUGCUCUGGAAGAAACUUUGCCACUACCACUUCACAGACAGACAGAUUCGCAAACGGUUGAUCUUGUCAGACAAAGGACAUUUGGAUUGGAAGAAGAUGUACUUCAAGCUUGUGAGAUGCUACCCAAGGAAGGAGCAAUAUGGAGAUACUCUGCAGCUCUGCAAACACUGCCACAUCCUCUCCUGGAAGGGCACUGAUCAUCCAUGUACAGCUAACAACCCAGAGAGUUGCUCCGUUUCUCUUUCGCCCCAGGACUUCAUCAACUUGUUCAGAUUUUGAACUCCGCAGGAAUUUCACUCUUCUCUCUCGAUAUCUUGAAGGGACACUUCGUACUGCUGAGAAGACCUGCUCAGCCUGUAUAUAGUGUGUAAAUAGCGCAGUUUGGGGACUCCCGCAUUGAUGAGAUUUUUUUAGGAGGCAAAAGGAGUUGUCAUUCAGGUGGCAUCAGACUCUUCAAGAACAUGGCCUUCUGCUAGUUGAACGGAUGUGCGGAAAGACAUUGCUCUGUAAAUAACGUCGCUUUGUAAGAAUCUAGAGUGGAAGGUACAGGGGAGAGACUGAAUUCUGUUUAAGGGAUUCAGAUGGAAUGUGCUGUCUAUCCAUUUGAAAUAUCUCUUUGGUUUCAGAGCACAGAAAAGGAAAACAGUGUGGUUAGGCUAGAACUUUUGAACUACUCUCCAAUCUGGGUUUUGUUUACUGUAGAUAUUUAUACCGAAAAUAUUUUUAGAAUGACAUAUACGAUGGGAAGGAUACAUCCCUUUAUCCUUUUUUUUUUUAAAGAAUCCACACAAAAUGUACACACCACGCCAUUUUCUACCUCUGAAAAGCUUUCCAAUCUAAUAUGCAAUGUGAAGCGCUUGUAUUUUAUGCAGAGACUUAAAGGGAAAAAAGUUCUUGGUGACAGUAACCGUACUUCUUCGGGUUAAUGUUUGAUUUCUCAUUUAGUCUGCUUGCUUCUUGGCCGUUUUUGAAUAGUCGAGUUCUAGGAAAGCUGGUAAGUUUUUGCUAGGUCCUUCCUUUGAUGGGUUGGUAAAAAUGUCAGAUGAAAAGGAGAGUUUAUGACGGAGACUUUGAUGCCCCAUCGGUCCUCUGUGCAGCAGUGUGGCCCAUCACGCCCAGUUGCUGGUACUGUUCUAGACUUUCUCAGAUCAAGUAGAGGGAUGUUGGGGGUGCAUUCCAACAUAGCACAUUGGGAGUGGCAGAGGCAGUUUUGUCUCUUUUUUUCUCCCAACAGAUUGGGGAUUUUCCCCCUGAUAUGAAUUAUUGAAAAGGCAUAGUUAUACAGAGCUAGAUUCAAGUCCAGUAGUACCAUACGGAUCAGCAUGAUUUGGGGGGUGGGGGGGUAAGCUUUUGAGCCAAAGCUCCAUUUGUCAUGUAUUUAUAGCUUUGGCUCUCAAAAAAGCUUUUAACCCCCCCCCCAAAAAAGUUCUUGUUGUCCCUAAGGUGCU